AUGAACAAUUACCAGCUCUAUGAGGAGAUUGGGCACGGGAAAUUCUCAAAGGUGUACAAGGGAAGGAAGAAGUUCACGAUUCAGUUUGUGGCGGUGAAGAGCAUUGAGAAAUGCAGACGGGACAGGGUCAUGACAGAGGUGGGGAUUCUGUCGAACCUGCAGCACGAGAACGUGCUGGAAUUCGUGCAUUGGUACGAGACUCGGAACCACUUGUGGGUGAUUUUCGAGUACUGCGCCGGCGGAGACCUACUGCGGCUGCUGAAGCAGGACGGGCGGCUGCCGGAGGAGCGCGUCCGCGUCUUCGGGCAACAGAUCUGCGCUGGACUGCUGCACGUGCACUCCCGCGGCGUCAUCUUUGCGGACCUGAAGCCAGCAAAUAUCCUCUUCACGGAGGAGGAGGUGCUGAAACUCAGCGACUUCGGGUGCUCGGUGCGCUUGGAGGAAGCGAAGGAGGCACGGCCAGCGCGAAGAGGCGCGCCCCAGUACAUGGCCCCGGAGCUGUUCUCAGAGGGCGGCACUGUGUCCUUCGCCUCGGACCUGUGGUCCCUGGGCUGCCUGCUGCAGGAGCUCUUCAGCGGCAGCCCGCCCUUCAGCAGCCCCAACUCCCAGCAGCUGCAAAUCCUGAUCCUCACAGAGGCAGCCCCCAGCCUUCCAACAGCAUCCACCGAGUUCCAGGACCUGGUGGGCCAGCUGCUGCGGAAGCGGCUCCCGCGCCUCACCUGGCCGGUGCUUCGCUGCCACCGCUGGUGGCGACAAGUCGUGGGCGCGGACGCGGACGUUCAGGUCUUGCAGCGAGAGCCGCCCCUCAAGUCCUUCCGAACCGCCUGA